CUUUUCCCCUUCCCUCAUCUGUUACCAAGAAUUACCUAAUUAUCCUCUUUGUAAUCUACCUUUUCAUACCAUCCUCCACGAUAAUCUCUACAUUUUUCCUCUAUUCUUAGAUUUUUCUAUUUAUAGUAAUCAGCGUGGCAAUUACAUUAUUUGUCAAAUAGCAUCGAAUGAACGCGCGACAAUCUCAAUCCCCUCCCUCUCAAAAAAAAACCAAAUAUAUGUACGUGGUAAUGAGUAUAGAGAGCAUUAACCUGAAAUUUGUGUUUUUUCCUUGUGUCUUUUAUACUUUAGUCUGUUAGAAUGUUGAAGUUUAGUAAAAUUCAAUUGUCGUAUUGUUAUUGUCGAUUCAUCGCAACAUCGAGUAUGACAAGUAAAAAUUAUAUGGGUAGACAAGGGAAAUUCAUGAGGAAACUCAUGCGUGAAGAUGCUCCCAAAAAAAAAUGGCACACGACAAGACCAGGGAGAACACAGCAGGCUUUCAGCGUUGAUACCUCGAAGCUCGUUAGUCCCCAUGUAACAAGACGAGUAAACGUCUUGAAUAAAAUAUUCAUGAAUUAUAUCACAGACAUGAUGACAACGGGCGAGAUGUCAACGAAACUUGUGGGUCGAAGUAUCGAAGUCACUCACGUCAAAUUAUCAAAUGACUUUCAUGUCGUUCGGGUCUACUGGUUCUGCAAUGAACAUGAUCCCGAUCGAUUAAAAGAAACUAAUCGAAUUCUCGAACAAAUGGCUUUCAAUUUGAGGCAUGAACUGUCGCAAUUAAAAGUUAUUGGCGUUGUACCGCAAAUACAAUUUGUUAAAGACAAGGCCGUAGCUGCCAAUAUUGAACUUGAGAAACGAAUAGCAGAUGCUGAUUAUGGAGAAGAUCAUGUUCCGAUUGUCAGGGUUGCACAACCAAAGCCACAAUUAACUUUGUACACAACACUUCCGGCGGAUGUUAAGAAGAAACUCCUAGAGGAGGCUCCAAAGGAGGGAAAUGAAGAAGCAGGAAGUGAGGAAGAUCCUGAGGAUAACACCCCUUAUCUCAUCGAUUUACCCCCAAUGAAGCAUAAUAUACUUGGCUUAAAUCAUUGGAUAAUUAUGUCUCGGGUUAAGCAAUCUCUUAAUAAAGUGCGCACUCCUGUCACAAUGGAAAGGCAGUGGUCGCCCGUAAAUUAUCAGCAAUCCUUUGAUCCUGUUAACGUGAGAGCAUAUCAAAAUACAGCUGAAGAAAUGAAAGCCUUCGACGAAUUCCUCAUAAAGAGGAAGAUCGAGGAUAAAUACAGGGAUCGGUGGGAGUUGCGGAAAAUGAAUAGCGACGUUUUCAACAAUGAAAAUGAAACAGAUGAGUAUGACGAGAGUUACGACUACGAGGAGGAACAAUAUAUUGACGAGUUUAAUGAUCCCGAUUCUCAGAAAACAGUACAAUAAAGCCUUUCUUGUACAUCAAUGGAAAACUGUAAAUAUAUAAUUCAACAUAAUAAAUAAUUCAACAUCUAUUUAUUUAUAAAGGUCAUCACAGUUUUAUUCUGGUAACAAUAUAGUUACGAUUGCUCUUUCUUUUCUAUAAAAAAAAUAUAAUAUUUAUA